AUGGCUGAUGCACGGGAUUUCGCCGAGGGAACUGUCGCGCACGAAGACACUCCCCAGAAGCUCGAAUCCUUGGAGCAGGCAUCCGCCUCUGAGACUCCAUGCUCUCCUCAACCGCCAGCUCAGGGAUUAUCGGCGUCCUCAACACACCUUGGUCAGAUCAACGCUGCACGGCGGGGAGCUGGCUCCUCGCCGCAUCCUCAACCGUCGAUGAGCGGGAAAGCGACCGGUGGAUUGAAUCAGGAUAUCAUGGCCAAAAUGAAAGCCUUUUCAUUGUCCCGACAAGGUGCCCCAUUACCACAUACUGCAUCUACGGGAACGGUUCCCCAGGUUCAGUCGGGCACAGGAGGCGCUCUGGCCGGUCGUCUUCCCUCGAACCCACGACCCAACCCUCCGAACUGGAGCUCUUCGCCGUCGGUCCCCGCGUCUUCUCCGGGCUCCGCAUCUCCCCGACCAGGUGGACUGGCGGCAAAGCGCAUGAAGCCCGGUCUCAAGUUGUCGGAUGUCACUGGCCCGCCAACUCCCGCCGCGGGGACGGAACCAAAGCCGAACGAGCAAACUGGAGAAUCGGCCUUCACCAAGUACGCCGAGUUUAUCGACACGAAAGCUGGAACUCUGAAUUUCAAAAACAAGGCUGUCUUACACGGGGGCGGUGUUGAAUUUUCAUCGGGUCAUAGUUUCAAGCUCUCUCUCGACGAGGUCGAUCGUUUGGAAGAGCUAGGCAAGGGCAACUAUGGAACGGUAUACAAGGUCCGGCACAGUCGGCCGCAUCUACGAAAACCAGGGCUUGGUCUAGGUGGAAUUGUUAGUCGGCCCCAGGAUCAGGACGACACAAAUUCGGACGCUGGAUCGGCUCAAUAUUCCGGUGUGGUUAUGGCGAUGAAGGAAAUUCGUUUGGAGCUGGACGAGGCCAAGUUUGCACAAAUCAUCAUGGAGUUGGACAUUCUGCACCGUUGUCUCUCUCCUUUUAUCAUUGACUUUUACGGGGCCUUCUUCCAAGAAGGUGCGGUGUACAUGUGUGUCGAGUUCAUGGAUGGUGGCUCGAUCGACAAAAUCUAUGAGGGUGGUGUUCCGGAGAACAUCCUGCGCAAAGUGACUCUCUCGACGAUCAUGGGACUGAAGUCGCUGAAGGAUGAUCAUAAUAUCAUCCAUCGCGACGUGAAACCAACCAACAUCUUGGUCAACAGCAAGGGUCAGAUCAAGAUCUGUGAUUUUGGUGUCAGCGGCAACUUGGUUUCUAGUAUCGCAAAGACCAACAUUGGAUGCCAGAGCUACAUGGCCCCCGAAAGAAUCGCAGGAGGCGGCAUGCAGCAGUCUGGAGCGCCCAGCGCUGGCACAUAUAGUGUGCAGAGCGAUAUUUGGAGUUUGGGAUUGUCUAUCAUCGAAUGCGCCAUGGGCCGAUAUCCAUACCCACCAGAGACAUUUAACAACAUCUUCAGCCAGUUACAUGCUAUCGUCCACGGUGAUCCUCCAACAUUGCCUGCCGAAGGUUACUCUGAGGAAGCCCACGCCUUCGUCCGAGCCUGUCUCGACAAGAACCCCAAGAGUCGACCAGCCUACAGCAUGCUGCUUCGCCACCCUUGGCUAGCACCCCUUAUGCAACCACCCACCGAGUCUGCUGAUGAAGAGGUCCCGUCCGAUACACCCGACGACUCCGAAAACGGUUCAUCUUCUAUGACAGAAGACAAGGAAGUGGCUGAGUGGGUGAAAAGGCAAAUCAAGCUCCGAGAAGACGGCUUGCUCCGUGUCACCGAGAAGCCAGCACUGCAUGCCGUUGCGCUGGACAAGGUCGGCACAAACUCGGAGAACGACCCCAACACGAUCCCCCAGUCAGACUAA